AUGAUGCUCGAGCAUGCCCUUGUGUUGAGUGCCUUUUUAUUUUCUAUCGGUAUCUAUGGAUUGAUCACAAGUCGAAAUAUGGUUAGAGCCCUUAUGUGUCUUGAACUUAUACUUAAUGCAGUUAAUAUGAAUUUGGUAACAUUUUCGUAUUUUUUUGAUAAUCGUCAAUUAAAAGGAGACAUUUUCUCAAUUUUUAUUAUAGCUAUUGCAGCUGCGGAAGCAGCUAUUGGGCUGGCUAUUGUCUCCUCAAUUUAUCGUAACAGAAAAUCAACUCGUAUUGACCAAUCAAAUUUGUUGAAUAAUUAG